UAAGACAGCAACAAAAUGUUACUGUUGCUACCCUGUUUCUUUUUGAUAAUUUCAUCUGUUGGUAGAAUGUCAGCAGAAGAAACAAAAAUUGUUGGUGGAUCUCCAACCGUCAUUGAAAAGUUUCCUUACCUAAUAUCUCUACAACAAUUUAAUAGUCAUAUAUGCGGUGGUUCAAUUAUUUCUUCAAACUAUGUAUUAACCGCCGCACACUGCACGUAUAAUACACCAGCUAUAACCUUAACGGUAAGAUAUGGAAGUUCCAAACAUACUGAGGGCGGCUCUGUGCUUAGAGUAAGUUGCGCAAUGGAACAUCCUAACUACGACCCAGUAACUCAUGACUACGACGCGGCUCUACUUAAAGUGGCACCACUGUCACUGUUGAUGAAGUUACCUGAUUUACCAAGGAUUGCACUUGGUACCACUGAAAUCCCUGAUGGUACCUUACUCACUGUGACCGGUUGGGGGACUCUUGUAGAAGGUGGUGGUAUAUCAUCAGUUUUACAGACUGUGAACGUCCCAAAAGUACCUGAAAGUGAUUGUAAAUCUGCGUAUGCACCUCUAACUAUUACCGACCGAAUGAUAUGCGCUGGUUAUAUUGAUGGAGGUAAAGACUCCUGCCAGGGAGAUUCUGGUGGUCCCCUUGUUUAUAAUAACGAACUUGUUGGAAUUGUUUCAUGGGGUGAAGGAUGUGCACAGGCAGGAAUGCCAGGUGUUUACACAAAAGUAUCUGCAAUUAAUAUAAAUGAUUUCUUCUCAGAAGGCAAUUCUUUUACAACAUUAUUACGGUGUCAAUUGUAUGUAACCAACAUGUUACCACUUCAUGAAAAAACAAACAUGGUGAAUUUAAUAUUUUUGUAUAGUAUUCUCAUUGUGGGUCUUUCCAUUGGUACCCAAGCUAAAUUUCACAAUAGAAUCGUCGGAGGCAAUGAUGCUUCCAUCGAAGACUAUCCCUAUCAAAUCUCCUUACUAUCCAUGGGUCAACAUAUUUGUGGUGGUUCAAUUAUUUCUCCUUUUUAUGCCGUGACUGCCGCUCAUUGCACAGAUGGUUCUGAUGCUGUUUCAUUAUCUGUCCGAUAUGGUAGUUCGAUCAGGAAUGCUGGAGGACUGAUCAAUCCUGUAUCGGAAAUUUUUCAACAUCCUGACUAUGACAAACCAACCAAUAAUUAUGACGUCUCAGUGUUGAGGUUUGAUGUUCCCUUCAUAGAAAGUCAAUUUGCACAGAGUAUUCCUUUGUGUUCAUGUGAGGUUCCUGAAGGUGCACUUACCACAAUCAGUGGUUGGGGAGAUACUGUCGAUGGGAUGACUUCUCCCCCUAUGGUUUUGCAAGCAGGUGAAGUUCCUAGGGUUUCUGAUGAGGAAUGCAGAAGACUUUUAGGAGAAAACAUAAUUACUGAUGAAAUGUUAUGCGCUGGUUAUGCAAAAGGUGGAGUUGGAAUUUGUUUUGGGGAUUCCGGUGGUCCCCUGGUUUAUCAUGGUAAACUAUGUGGGGUUACUUCAGGCGGAUUUGGUUGUGCUCAUCCCAACAGUCCUGGAAUUUUUGCAGAUGUUAUUGAAUUCGUUCGGUUUAUUACUGUUAUAACAGGACCAUUAGAUUAAUACGAAAUAGAAUCAAUUGAAUUAUAAUCACGUCAAAAAAUCAUCUAUUUUAGUAUUAAAAACAUGUAAAAUUAAAAUUAAACGUUUAUGCAUU